AUUCAUUUCGCACACAGUCAACAAUGAAAAGCCUCAUUAUCGUCGUCGUAGCUCUCCUCUGUGUCAUUGUUUCACCGUCCACAGCGAUGGGAGGUUGGCCAAAACCUUCAGAAGUCUCUAAUGAGGAGAAGCUGAUGAAUGCCGGCCAACCACAACCCCACUUAUACGCUGGUAAAUUCAAUUUCGGAGAUUCCAAAGUAUGGAAAUGUACCCAUAACAACGGAUCUGGAGCCGCCAUUUCUAUUAGUUACCCUUCACCUCCUCAACCACCCUCACGAAAGCCAACGACUCCGUCAUCUCCCCCGGCUCCUAAGACGGCUCCGCCACCACUUAAACCCUCACCUCCACGUCCAACUCCAAAGAAGUCUCCUCCACCUCCUAACCCAUCUCUUCCGCCUCCUAAACAAUCACCUCCGCCUCCUAAACCCUCACCUCCGCCUCCAGCUCCAAAAAAGUCUCCUCCGCCUUAUAAACCAUCCCCUCCACCGACUCCUAAAAAGUCUCCGCCAUCACCUACACCAUCACCUCUGCGUCCAGCUCUAAAAAAGUCUCCUCCACCUCCUAACCCAUCAUCUCUGACUCCAAAUCAGUCUCCCCCACUUCCUAAAACCUCCACUCUGAUCAUUCCCUCUCCACCACCGCCACACGAAUCAAUCCCAGCACAAUCCCCUCCAAAAGAGCCAACAACGCCAUCAACUCCAUGGCCUCAUUAUCAGAAUUGGAAUCCGUGGGGGCAUUUCAUUAACUGCAUGGCCGAAUUUGGGCCGUCUGCAGUAUGUAAGCAACAGAUAGAGCUAAGUUACUACACAGGGAGAUUUCGUGUAAGUGACCAAUGCUGCAACAUUUUCGUCAACAUGAGAAAUGAGUGUUCUGAUGUCAUUUUGGGCUUCUACGACGAUCGCUACUUCCUUCCUCUACUUCGCUGCACUUGCCACGUCAAGAUCUACUAACUCCUAUUUGGGUCCCUCUUCCCAUUAGGGCUUUUUUUUCUUAUUUUAGGUUCUUUAGUCAUGUACUUUUGGUUAUUUUCAGAAAAAAAAUAAUAAAAAGUGUCUUCCUUUUUUACA